CGGCGUCGUUUCGUGCGGAGACUCGUGGUAUAAAAAGUUGGAGAAUUUGAAAUGCAAUGAUGAAAAACUGUGAUGGAAUUGCUCAAGCUUUCGAAGUUGAAGCUCCAACUUCAAGCCCUCGUCGCCGAAGUUCGAGAUCUCAGGGAAAGAGAACGCUCCGCCACCGAGCAGCACCACCUUCUAAUCCAGAAGCUGAAGCGGAACGAGGAAGAGUGUGGCAGAAAGAUACAGGAAUUGCAGGGCGAGUUGGCGUCUGUGAAAGAGGAGCGCCAGAAACUGGAGAGGAAGGUGAAUUAUCUAGAGAACGAUAAUGUGCUGCUGGAGAGCAAGCAGAAAGAGUUGAAGGGAACACUGAAUAAUUUACUUCAGUCUAGGGAAAACUUUGUGCUUGCUUACGAGGAAUCUACUUCUCAAAUGAAACGUUCUAUUGGAACCAAAGAUAGAAUGCUCAGUGUCCUUUCAGAGAAGAUAAGCUCCUAUCUAUCAUUAUAUGAUUCAAUAGAGAAAGAGGUGUUUUUUAUCAAGCAAAUUGUGGAUAAAGUCCAGAACAUUGUCAAUGAUAGAGAGGAAGUUGUGAGCAGCUUGAAAAACAAAAUGGACUGGAUCUCUUCAUUUGAAAAAGCAUUUGUUGAAAAUAUCUCUGAUUUAAGAAAUAAACUUGAAAACAACGAGGCUGAAUUAAGAAGAAAAGAUAGAAUCAUCUUAGAGCUUGAAGGAAAGCUGGAUGCAGCAAAACUUCACAACAAUAACCAAGCUCAAAUAGAAGAUAUUCAGAAAAUUUUAUCUGCAAAGGAUCUGGAGAUACAGAAUUUAAUUUCAGACAAAGAGGUAUUAAAUUAUGAAGUUGGAAGCUUCAGAAUCAUAUUACAGAGGAUUCAGGAUACUGUCACAAAUAUGAAUGAAGAGGAUAAAAGAUUAUUCUCGUCAAUUUUGCAACAUAAAGAAGCAAUUGCAAUGGAUAUAGAGAUUGAAGAUAACGGGAUGGAAGAGGUUCAAAAAUAUGAAGAGAAGGCUCAAGAACCUACUUGAUUGCUCUCUUAAAAGGCGCAGUGAAAAUGUUUUGGGCCGACAAUGAAUUUUGAGACCAAAUGCACAACAGAAUGAUUCAGUGGCUGUGUGCCUGUUUAUUCUGGAUUUCUGGGGGAUUGUUCCAAUCCAUCUUUGGCAGCUUACAGCCAACUGUGUCUUUGAUAACUAGCGGACAGGUAUGAGUUUCUUUCUGCUCAUACAGGGUGUGUGAAUUAAUGGAAAAUUUAAAUAUGUGCUCAUAACAAAUUUUUGUUUUUGAGCACUUAAAUUGUUAUUCAACCCCUUCUGCUAAUGUUUGACCAUAUUUUGUGUUUGGGACUAAUUAUGCAACAAGUGUUGGUGUUCAAAAAUUCAAAUAGGUGAUUUGCCUGAUCAAUAUUUGUUUACUUAGACAUCCUAUUUUGAUUAAGUUGGAUAUUUAGCUCAAGGAGGGAGGAAGUAUGAAAAUGUACAGAUUAGUUCUACUUGAAAGCAUGGUUCGGUUGUCAAUUUUUUUUAUUCUCUCACAAUCUUUGGCAUUGCUCACAAAGACCUGCUGUAUGUUUAUAUGCCGAAAGAGGAUAGGGUGCAGUUGGAAAUGCUCUGCUGUUCAAUAAUCAAACUGUUGCCUUCUGUUUUAAAAUUUUAGUAACUAUACUUCAUAGUAAAAUAAAACUAUUCCUAAGGAUGAGAUAUGGUACAGUGGUAUAUACGACUGCAGACUCAUAUAUUUGGUAUAAAGGAUGUCGGCAUCCUUUACGCAUCGUUUGCUUUUAGAGAUUUUGAAGAGAAUGAAGUGAGAAAGAAGUUUGAGAAUGUAUUUUUGGUUGUUUGGGAAAGGAGAGAAGUGUUAGAAGAGAGAAAAAAAAAAUGGUUGCUCCCUUGCUUAAACAAAAAUUUCUUCUAAAGCGAAGAGAUUGAUAGAGAAAGGUGUAAAAAAUUAAACUGUGUGGGACUCAUUAAGUUAAGUGGAUUUAACUAUUUUAUUUGAGUUGUAUAAAAAUAUUCUUAGGGGCAAAUAUGUCUUUUACAUACACACUUUUCUUUCUCUUUCACUUUCAUAUUUCUCUAAAUCCAAAUAACUUUAAGGAAACUUCUACGGUAUUCACAGGUACCGGUACA